AUCCAUUAGCAACCUGCUGCCUGGCUUUGUUGAAAGACCCGACCGGCUGGAAUAACCUCCCCUCCUCAUCCCCUCUGCUCGGCUUCCAUUGACCACUAUGGAUUCCUCAGAGGGAUCAAGCCGUCACUCAGUCUUUUCCACAACUGGUGGUCAUAGUCGAGCAGGGGGGGGCCCAGGAACGGAACACCUCUGGUGACUGCACCAGGCCCUGGUCGCUGGGAGGGACAGAGGUUUGAAUAAAUACCACAGAUCCACUGAUCCGUGACUGAGUGGUGAACAAAGGCCUCCUGGGGUGAGGAGCGCUCCGGGAGAGUCCGACGCGGCCCUCCUCCCCCCCUCUGCGCGGGGUUGCUGUCCCCGUACAGGCUCUGUAUCACGGUGCCCCUCCCACCCUCGCCGGAGGAGAAAGAGGCAAGAAUCUGGGUCUCCGUCUGUCCACGCCGAUGGCUCGACCGAGCAUGCUCUCUGCGUUGGUCCCUGGGACCGGACGGUUGGGCUGGGUGUGACUGGUUCCUGAGAGGCUUGCUGGAUCUCUGCCUCCCCCUCUCAGGCUGCCCCCCCCCCCUCCCUCCCAGGCCUGGGCUACAGUAUCCCCAGACCCCUCCCCCCCAUUCUCACCCUGGGACUAAAGAGUCUGACAAUUCUACACCUGGGAAGUGUUGUUUUUGUCUACACCCUGGUAGACGACUUGGCUAAGGAACACUUUCGGAGCACUAAGUCAUGAGCGAGUUCUGGUUGUGCUUCAACUGCUGUAUAGCAGAGCAGCCCCAGCCGAAGCGGCGGCGGCGUAUUGACAGGAGUAUGAUUGGAGAGCCCACUAACUUUGUCCACACAUCCCAUGUGGGAUCGGGAGAUAUCUUCAGUGGCAUGAACUCGGUGAACUCCAUUCAGAGCCAAAUGCAGUCAAAGGGGGGUUACGACGGACAGGCCAUGCCUGUGACUGUGCAGCUGCAGCUGGUGGACACGAAAGCAGGAUAACAUGGAAGGGCUGCAUAGUUUCUCCCGAGUCAAGGUUUUCUCAUCCCGGUCAUGCCUGCCUUCAGUGACUGCAUUCCUCAUCCUCCCGCUCCUGUGUUGGACCAAGGAGGCCAUGUUCUCCCCCUCUCAUCAUCCUCCUUCGUUCUGGUCUGUCGUUUGCCCGCCUAGGCUCACUAGUUGUCCUGUCCUCUCCGUCCCACCCCACAACUUGCCUUGUUCGGCAAAUACAUGGAUCUUUUCUGCACUUCGUUGGAACGGGGCUGCUCCCCUCUGCUUGUCCACCUGUCCGCUCGGAGGAUGACAGACAAAGGAUUGCCGCGCUUCAGUUUUAGUGCACGUCACCAUCCCGAGGACUGGAUGAUGCAAAAGCAUGCUCCUCAUCUCUGCAAGUGCAAAUGUGUAAAACGCUUAUUCUCUUCUGUGAUUUUUCUUUUUUUUUGCUGUUGUGGUCAGGUCAGUGUCUGAAGGUCUGGAACCUGCAAGUACAAAAGGAUUUUGUGGGGGAUUUUUUCAUUAACAGAAUUUACAUUUCUUUUUCUGAGGGGGCCAGGUCUGGCGUGGUGGUCAGGAUUAUGACCGUGCUUGUUAAAAGUGGCUUGAUAUGGCCCUUUGGUGCCAAAAUGUCUGUAGCUUAUAUGGAAUGAUUAUAUUUUUUCCAAUGACGACAAGUCUUUUUUUUUUUUUCUUUUCUUCAGAAUGCCAAUUCAGUAGGAAAUGUGAUGUUUGCUGUUUACAUCGUUCCAGUUCUCAUUCCUUUUCCCUUAUUUUUGUGAUAGUUGUUAUCAGUUGAGCAAAAAUGUAUGUUCAAUUGGUGUUAACUGGCAUUUCACUUGACAUGAUUCUGCUGUAACUGUUUCGGUGAACUUGAUUUGAAGAGGCCUGGGAUAUAUGCUGUGCAGUAAGUAGAAUGUAAAAACAUUUAGCUAUGUGGUACACUACUAGGUACUAGUGCUCUCCACUGCUAGGCAGUGGUGGUCAAGCGCUAGGCAGUGGUGGUCAAGCGCUAGGCAGUGGUGGUCAAGUGCUAGGUACUGGUGGUCAAGCGCAACGUACUGGUGGUCAUGCGCUAGUUACUGGUGUGGAAACAAAAUUUAUAAAGCAUUCUAUAUGGUCACGAGGCAAACCCAAACUUCAGUAUUUCUGUAAAAAUGUUAUGAACAUAGCACAUUCUCCAAUAGAUUCUCAGUCACAGAUUAAGCCUAUUCCUGGACUAAAAUUCAAGCUCAACGGAUAUUUUCCAUCGGGAUAAAUUUUUUAUCUUGGACUAGGCUUAAUCUAUGCCAGGGAAACUGCCCUAUUAAGAGAUAAUAACCUUAGAAAAAUGUUAAUAAUUAGAAAAUGUUGUCUUAGAUCUUUUAAAUACCUUUUGGGUUUUGAAGAUACCUGGACAAAUCAAAACAAAAGCUAGAGCGAUUGCCUUUGACAAAACUGGGUGACAUCUUACUGUUACAGCUUUAAGAUAUUUUGCUCAGGUUAAUAGGCAUACUUUCCAUCAUUUUGAGCAUACUGUUUGUAUGUUAUUGCACUGUUUUCAAAUAUUAAAGCUAAUUUGCUAUAUGAGAAAUAUAUAUAAGACGUAUAAAAAACGUAUAAGAAAUAAAACGUAUAAAAUAAAAAUUAACUAGAAUAUUUUAAGCAUUUUAACAAGCUGUAGAACAUUUUAUUUUUCUCUCAGUAUCAUUGGUAAACAAAUUAAAUCCAAAUAAAUCCCUUAAUUUAUCAAAUAUUUUAUGUUUUCAAUGAAUACAGCUUGAACCUGCCACUGUUGAAUAUUCAAGAUGUUACUAAUGAUUGUGGUCUGGUUCAGAUAUUGGGCUUUAAACUAAUACAAGUAUUGAUGAGAACGUAGAUUCUCUGGCCUCAAACCCAACUGGUAAAAUUACGAAGCUGCUUUUGUCUGUGCUGUUAACCCUUCAUUCUUUUCUCAAGUGCUUUAUGUUUGUAUAUACUGUGUCCUUUGUGUGCCACAACCUGAGGUAUUCUAAUUUAUGGUUUCUCUGUUUUGUAACCUUUUUUGUACUAUAGUUUUUCAGAUUCAUUGAAAUUUUCAGCAAAAAUCUAAUGUAUGUUUCACCAUAUGAAAAUGAAUUGUGAUAAUAUUUAUUCACCGUUAUUAGAAAUGUACCGGAUUUGGGGGAAAGGAAAAUUCCCAAAUACUACUUCACUAAAUGAGAAUGUCAUUAAAAAAAGAGUGAGACAUGAAAAGCACAAGAGAAAGAAACGGCGUGCAGACUGUAUGUUUGCAAUAGAGUGAAAGCAUUGGCCAAUGUUGGUGUUAAUCAGUGUACUUGAACGUGUACCCUAGCUACUUUCAGUCAUUGCUCAACAUGAAUUAAUUUCAAUAUCAGGGAAUUCGCUCCGCUCAAUAGAUAUCUAUUUUUAGUUUACUAUAUCUGAAGGUUUUUGUGUGUACACUUCCAUCAAUCGUGAAUUCACAUCCCAUGUUGGCUUGUAGAUGACCAAAUACCUUCGGUUUAAAUAAUAAAUAUUUUUUUUCCAUGUUU